AAUGCAAUUGAAAUUGUUUCAUUUGGUUAAUUAUUAUCGGACAAGUAACAAUAUAAAUCAUUUGAUUACAAUGAGAAACUCAUAUUUGUUAAUUUUAAUUGUUCUCACAACAAUUUUACUCAAUGUUCCAGGUUAUGUAUCUAAAUCACUGCUAAUUAAUGAUGAUCCUAAUUCAGAUGAUCAAGAGUCAUCAUCAACAGUAAUUGAUUCAACUCCAGUGGAAGACAAUCAAGCCGAACAAUCAACUCCACAAUUAACCCAACCAUCACCACAAUCAAUCACCACAACAACAACAGUGAUUAACCAAGAUGAUAAUAACGAUGAGACAAAUCAAAUUGAUCUGAGAAAUGUAAUUAAACCCAAGUUAAUUGCUCGAUCAAACAAUUUUGAUCAUAAGGAGGAUAAAAAUCAUCGAUCUUACAUUUUGAGCAACAUUGAAACUUAUCAAUUACCUUCAAAUGAUUUAUUGGUCCGAUCGCGAAUCGUUGCCAAUAUUGAUUGGAUAAUUAGACGAGGUGGACAAUCAAAGCAACAAUUAACACCACUGACAAGAUUAAAUGAUCAAGAAAAUCAAGUGCUAUCAAGACGCAAGAGACAAGCUGAUAUGAUGACCACUAAUCAAGAUCAACCUAUGGAUCAAAAUGGACAACCGAUGAAACCUGGAGAUCCAACAAAAGUUAAUCCUGUCGUCGAGAGAUUUAGACAAAUUUUCGGCCGAAUGAAGGAAAUAAUUGCCGAAAUAAGAGAUUCUUUCAAUGGAAAUCGAGUUAAAACUAAUAUGCAAGGAGAGCCGAAUGGAGUUAAUCAACAAUAGUUAAUCACAAUU